CGCGCCUGCGCAGACGCCCACACCGCCUCGAUGGUGGUUGGCGGAGGGGCCGGGAAGCGGUGCAUGCUGGGAAGGCGGCGGCGAGCCUCCCUCCCUCAGUACGGAGGCGCUUCUCUGCCGCUUCCCGUUCGGCUGGGCGCGCGGGGCGUUUGAAGGAGCCGCCGCGGCCCCCCUCCUGAGGAUGCCGAAUUUCUGCGCAGCCCCGAACUGCACCCGCAAGAGCACGCAGAGCGACUUGGCCUUUUUCCGCUUCCCGCGCGACCCCGCCCGAUGCCAGCGGUGGGUUGAGAACUGCCGAAGGGCUGAUUUGGAAGAUAAGACGCCCGACCAAUUGAAUAAGCAUUACAGAUUAUGUGCAAAACACUUUGAAACCUCGAUGAUAUGUAGAAGUAGCCCUUACAGGACUGUUUUACGAGACAACGCCGUUCCAACAAUUUUUGACCUCACGAGCCAUUUGAACAAUCCACAUAGCAGACACAGGAAAAGAAUUAAAGAGCUGAGCGAAGAAGAAAUAAGAACAUUAAAGCAGCAAAAGAUUGACGCUUUUGAGCAAGAAAAGAUGAAUCAAGAAUCUGUUGACGACGACAUUCAGAACCCAGCCUCUGAGGAAGGAGGAGAUGAGCCCGUUGAAGAUGAGGUCCCCUUAACGCAAGAGGAGAGGGAAAAUAAAGAUUACCUUAAAUCUUUGUUUGAAAUCUUAAUCUUGAUGGGGAAGCAAAACGUUCCUUUGGAUGGCCACAGUGCCGAUGAACUCCCGGAAGGCAUCUUUACUCCAGACAACUUCCAAGCUCUCUUGGAAUUCAGGAUAAAUUCUGGAGAUGAGGUUCUAAGGAAGCGGUUUGAGACAACAGCUGUGAAUCUGGCUUAUUGCUCUAAAGCCCAGCAGAAGCAAAUGCUGGAGAUCUGUGAAGGCUGUGUGCGGGAAGAGACUCUCAGGGAAGUGAGAGACUCUCAUUUCUUCUCCAUCAUCACGGAUGAAAUGGUGGAUCUCGCUGGAGAGGAACACUUGCCGGUCCUGGUGAGAUUUGUAGACGAUUCUCACAACCUGAGGGAAGAAUUCAUAGGGUUCCUACCGUACGAGGCAGAUCCUGAAAUUCUGGCUGUUAAAUUCCACACAACGAUUACCGAAAAAUGGGGCCUAAACAUGGAGUAUUGUCGAGGCCAAGCCUAUAUUGUCUCCAGUGGAUUUGCUUCAAAAAUGAAGACUGUGGCCACAAGGAUCUUGGAAAAAUACCCACAAGCUGUAUAUACGCUGUCCUCCUCUUGUGCCUUGAACAUAUGGCUAGCCAAAUCUAUUCCAGUAUUGGGCAUUUCCAUCGUGCUUGGGACAAUAGAGGAAGUUUGCUUGUUCUUUCAGCAGUCGCCCCAGUUAUUAGCCGAUUUGGACAAUGUCAUCUCCAUUCUCUUUCAGAACAGCGAGGAAAGGGGGAAUGAGCUGAAGGAGAUUGUCCGCUGCCAUUGGACAGGCCGGCACGAUACUUUUGAGAUUGUCGUUGAUCUCAUGCAGGCGUUUGUGCUGUGCUUGGACGCCAUAAAUGACGCUUCUGUCAGGUGGAACAGCUCAGUUGCUGGCCGAGCACAUAUACUUUCCACUGCCUUGGCAGAUUUUGACUUUGUAGUCACAGUUGUGAUUAUCAAAAACAUUCUCUCCUUCACACGGGCCUUUGGCAAGAACCUCCAAGGUCAAACGUCGGAUGUCUUCUUUGCAGCUAGCAGCUUGACGGCAGUAUUGCAUUCGCUGAAUGAGGUGAUGGAGAACAUUGAGGUUUAUCAUGAAUUCUGGUUUGAGGAAGCCACAAACCUGGCCACAAAGCUAGACCUGCCAAUUAAGCUCCCUGGGAAAUUUUGCCGGGCCCAGCAAGGGAGCAUGGACUCGGAAAUAACCCCAGAAAACUACUACAAAGAAGCACUUAGCAUUCCAGCCGUGGAGCACAUAAUUCAGGAGCUGAAAGAUAUCUUCUCAGAGCAGCACCUGCGGGCGCUCAAGUGUUUGUCUUUAGUUCCCUCGGUCAUGGGGCAGCUCAAAUUUAAUACGUCUGAGGAGCAUCACGCUGACAUGCACAAAAAUGACCUCCCCAAUCCGGAUACGCUGUCUGCGGAACUCCAUUGCUGGAGAAUCAAGUGGAAACACAGGGGGAAGGAUAUAGAGCUCCCCACCACUAUUUACGAAGCCCUUCAUUUGCCAGACAUCAAGUUUUUCCCUAAUGUCUACGCGCUGCUUAAGGUUCUGUGCAUCCUCCCAGUGAUGAAGGUGGAGAACAAGAAAUUUGAAGUUGGCCGAAGACGCUUGAAGGCCUACCUAAAGAACACGUUGACAGAGCAGAGGUCAAGUAACCUCGCGUUGCUUAACAUAAACUUUGAUAUUAAACAUGACUUGGAUUUAAUGGUCGACACCUAUAUCAAACUGUAUCCAGAGAAACCAGAAUUUCAGGAGGAAUUCCUUCCCCCUAACAAUUCAGAGUCAACGGAAGAGACUUAACUGAAUGAGGAACAGGGUGGAAUGGUCUCUUGUCUGUUUUGGAUAAUUGGUUUCGCCUUUAAAACGACAAAAACAAAUGGCAAAUACUCAUAACUGGAAGAGGAGUAGCUGGCCACUGCAAACAUCUUUCUGUUUUCAGGGUGUCUCUCUUUGACAAGACACGAGCAAUUGUCCCAGCUUGGAUUUGGUUGGUUCUUAAACUUUUUUCCUGAUUUACCAUUCUGUAAAGUUCCUUUUACAAAAAGUACACAAUGUCUGAAGUUGCCAUGACUUGUGCGUCAGCUCUCUCCUGCCACCAAUAUGAUACUGUUUAAUUUUGUCACUUGAGGAAAACCCAGUUCAUGGUGGCCAUGUAUCCUCUCUGGCAUUGCCAUGUUUCUGCCCAAAUAACUGAAAGGGCCAAUUUUAAAAAAAUGAAUGAAAUGUAUUGAUUGCUCUUUCAGCUUCCAGAUGACCUUUCCCCCCUCCCUCAACAGGAAAAGCUGGUAUGGAUUUAAGUAAACUAGUGGGAUGAUUUAAGUUUGGCCUCAUUCAUGCCCUAGGCCUGGGGUAGCCAAGGUGGUGUCCUCCAGAUGUUGCUGGACUUUGAUUCCCAUCAUCCUUGAUGAGCACCACGUUGGCUGCCUCUGCCUUAAACUCUGCUGUUAAAGUCUUGAAUCUUUUAUGUGCCUGAAAUUAAGUUCCCAUGAGAUUUGUGGGACUUCCCCCAAGCCUCUGCACUGAGGAUUUUAGACAAAGGGGUGACCCAGUAAGCGCACAGCCCAUCUCAUUUCAGUGAUCCUUGUGUGGCUCUACCAGAGGACAGCGUCUGUCUUGAGUACAGAGAAGUAUGUUAAUAAUUUCAGCUGGUUGCCCUUGUUCACCUUCUGUUGCAUUGCCUGUGCAAGUGGCCCUCUUAAACCUUUGCUCUGCUUUUUGUGGCUGGAAGAGAGCUCAUUUCAUAAAUUAAGCUAUAUUGUAAAAGAAAAGACAAAACUAUAUUCUAUGAGGAUCUAAAACUGUGUGUCAGCCAGGCUUGUAUCUAAGUUUUUACUUGCUUCCCUCUUGCCUCCAGGAUACGAAUUGUAAGCCUAGCCAGGCAGGAGAGCAAAGAAGAGGGUUUGUGUUGUUUUUGCUUUUUUAAAAAAAAAUAUGUAGAAGUUGUAUGAAGAUUUUUUUCUGUUGAUUUUUUUGGCAAAAAAAAAAAAAGGAAACGUUUUUGUAUAGUUUAUUUCCAUCCAGAAUAAAAUGUGACUUUGCUAUUUUAGUACUAUCAAUGUGCUGUGGCUGUAGAGCAGCUCCU